CUCGACCUCAUGUAAAUAUGUCGCGAACGAUGCCUUCGCCUCAGUCUAGUGCCUACCCGCCGAUCUCGAGGAUAUCAGAGCUGUCAGAGACUACUUGAUAUCGCUGGGAGGCUGUAUAUCUUCUACCACGGACCCAAACUCGACAAUCUGUAUCUCGAUCGGCGGAAAUGGACCAAAAGACGCUUCACACCAACAAACCGGAAAAGGUUGCUUAUGACAAUCCGGGUUUAAUCCUAGGUUCCAAAACUUCUCUGGCGCCACCGCCUUAUUCGGAAGGGAAAAGCUAUAGCAAAGAAAAAGAAGCACUGUCAAAUGUAUACGUUGUACCAAGAAAUGCUGAAAAACCGCCCAAAGAAGACCACUACGAACCUUACGAUAACAGAAAAGUGAAGCAUGCCACGACGUUUUCAGAGACACUGUUCCACAUGCUAAAAGCCAGUUUAGGCACUGGUAUUCUUGCAAUGCCUAAUGCCUUCCACAACGCAGGGUAUAUGGUGGGAACCAUAGGCACCUUGGUGAUAGGCUUCUUGUGUACCUACAGUAUACAUAUACUGAUAUCAGCUGAAUAUGAACUUUGCCGAAGAAGGAAAAAGCCAAGCAUGACUUAUCCUGAGACUUUAGAAGCGGCGCUGUUGGAGGGUCCACAGCCUUUGAGGAGGCUGGCUCCUUACGCCGAUUUCGUGUGCAACCUGUUCCUAAUGUUAUACCAAGUUGGGUCUUGCUGUAUUUACUAUGUGUUCGUCGCAUCCAAUAUCAAAGCUGUCGCUGACGAGUACGUUGAGCCUAUCGAUGUCAGGAUCUACAUGUGUUUUCUGCUGAUUCCCUUCAUCCUGAUCAACUGCAUCCGCAACCUGAAGCUGCUGGCUCCUUUCAGCACUGCUGCCAACUUCGUCACUGUUAUCAGCUUUGCCAUCAUCGCGUACUACAUGCUGACCGACAUACCGUCGCUGGACCAGCGCGCUGCCGUGGCCAGUUUCAAGGGAAUGCCGCUGUUCUUCGGCACUGUGCUGUUUGCGAUGGAGGCUAUUGGAGUGGUGAUGCCACUGGAGAAUGAGAUGGACCGUCCUGAAAGGUUCGGCAACAUGUUCGGCGUCCUCAACUGUGCCAUGUUGCCCAUCACCAUCCUCUACACCCUCGUAGGCUUCUUUGGAUACCUCAAGUACGGCCAGGGAGCUCAAGGAAGUGUUACUCUCAACCUGCCCAAUGAUCAUCUACUGGCGCAGUCCGCCAAGCUGAUGCUGGCCGCUGCCAUCUUCAUCACACACGGCCUGGCGUGCUACGUCGCCUUCGAUAUCAUCUGGCAUCAGAAACUCAAACCUAAAGUGACCGGCAACAAACUGGUGUGGGAAUAUGUCACUAGGACAGUGCUAGUGCUGAUCACUUUCCUGUUCGCCGUGGCCAUCCCCAAUCUGGAGCUGUUCAUCUCUCUCAUCGGCGCCUUCUGUUUGUCAACCAUGGGUCUGUCGUUCCCUGCGCUCAUCCAGAUGUUGACCUUCUGGGACUUCUACCGAGGCUUUGGCAAACUCCUCUUCUUCCUCAAGAACUUCGUCGUCGUCCUCAUAGCCAUCCUUGGGUUUACGAUCGGGGUGACUACCAGCGUCCACGAAAUCUACCUUAAGUUCUUCGCGGGAGGGGCAAAGUCAGUCAGGGCAUGGCCGAUGCCCUAUGUACCAACUCUGAGAUCUAUUUUUGAUUCCGUCUCUCAGUCUGUGAUCUUCUAUUUCCCCGCCUGCCACUACUUUCUCCUCCUGAGCUCAAACGUGCGUUCUACACUCGAAAAGACAGCCAUGACUCAUGACCAAAAGACCAAUGGGGGCAAGGGUCAGAAUGACAAGGCUCAGUUUUCAAUGCAGAUGUCCAACUAUGCGGAGGACUCGGGGACGCCAUACGAUCCCCACGAGCACAGGAACCAAGAAAACCCGACAACAGAUCGUGAGACCCUGAUCCACUUGCUCAAGGGAUGUCUGGGUACAGGUAUCCUCGCCAUGCCCAACGCCUUCGGAAAUGCAGGAUUGGCGCUCGGGACUGUAGCAACAUUCAUUAUUGGCUUCCUCUGCACAUACUGCCUUCAUGUUCUUGUUACCAAUCAGUACCAGAUGUGCAAGAGAUUACGAGUUCCGAUCCUCAGCUAUCCGGAGUCAAUGAAGGUCGCUUUACAGCACGGACCCUCUAUGUUCAGACCCUUCGCUAAUAUCUCUGCACCAAUUGUUGACUUUUUCUUGAUCCUGUACCAACUUGGAAUCUGCUGUGUUUAUAUCAUGUUUGUUGCUGAAAACAUCAAAGAAGUGGCAGACCAAUACUGGACGCCGAUUGGUGUCAGGACGCACAUGCUGAUCCUGUUGAUUCCGCUCAUCCUGAUCUGUUACAUCCGCAACCUCAAGCUGUUGGCUCCCUUCUCCCAGCUGGCCAAUGUCAUCACAUUCAUCGGCAUUGGCAUCAUCCUCUACUACAUAUUCGACCAACUCCCUCCCGUCAGCAGCGCCAAGCUUGUCGGGUCCGGGCAGAGCUUUGUGUUGUACAUCGGAACUACUUUGUUUGCUUUGGAGGCCGUGGGAGUUGUAAUAGCUUUGGAAAAUAACAUGAAAACUCCCAAAUCAUUCGGAGGCUACACCGGUAUCCUGAACCAAGGUAUGGCCGCUGUUACUAUCAUGUACGUUGGUGUUGGAUUCUUCGGGUUCAUCAAGUACGGCAGCGGAGCUCGGGGAAGCGUUACACUGAACCUGCCACAAGGCGAAAUCCUAGCCCAGGCAGUGAAGAUUGCGUUCGCCAUUGCCAUCUUCAUCUCCUACGCUCUGCAAGCCUACGUUCCCAUCGAGAUUCUGUGGAACACAUACCUCAAGUCACACCUGGAGCACAGUAGCAAGAAACUGUUCAUUGAAUACGUCAUGAGAACUGUCAUUGUCAUUUUGACUUUCCUGCUAGCCGCAGCCAUUCCUCUUCUAGACCUGUUCAUCUCUCUGUUCGGAGCCCUCUGUCUCUCCGCCCUCGGCAUCGCCUUCCCCGCGAUCAUAGAGGCGUGUGUCGCACACUCCAACAACACCCUCAACUUCGGCCUUGCCCUCAAGGAUAUCUUUCUCGUCAUCAUCGGCAUCCUCGGAUUGGUCAUCGGAACAUACUGCAGCAUGAUCGAGAUCGUCAAAGAACUCGGGAAAGAGUCGCCCGCACCCGUUGCGUUAAACGCAACAAUGAUCCCAACUUUGUAAUUGGAGAUCAGCAGUGUUUUAACUGUGAUUAACUUUACAAAGAUUUUCACGCUCAAAUCAUCGGGUUGGUGAAGAUGGAAAAAUGGAAAGGCGAUAGUGAGAGACAUUGAAAUCCUGGUGGAUUAUUGUAUACCAAAGCUAAGUAGCUUUAACGCUUACAAUGAGGGACAAGAUAUUAUACUGUAAGUACAAAAGGUUACCAUUUAUAACACCAGUCCAAUUGUAAAAUUUGAUAAAAUCACUUCGCCCUUAGAAGUUCCUGUUGAAACUUAAGUCAAAACUAAACCAAUAUCAUUUGACUUUUUGAUGUUAGUAGAAAGUUGUGACUAAAAGUUAGCCAAAACUGGAGAUAGCAAAAGGAACGUCAUAAAACCAAGUCCUUAAAAUCAUCUUGACUUUUGAUGUAAUAAUAUUCUUAAUUAAGUUGUAGUUGGCUUAAACUAUUUUAUUGAACCAAGGCUAGUCGAUUCUUACAUUUAGUUUUCUCAUCCAAUAUAAAAUGCGGGCCCAGAAGUAAAAUUUGGUGAGAGGCCACUAUCCAUGACUUUGUCUUAUGGUAUACUCAUUUUCUGUUUUACAGGGGUGAUUUUUUACUAGAAAUUUGUAUACUAUUUAAUUUUAUAUUUCAUGCUUUAAAAUUUGGUUAACAUAUUAAAGGUGGAAUUGUUUUCUAUCUUUGAAAGCAAUUUGUUAAGUGAUCUUGUCAAGUUAAUAAUCCUGAUUCUAAAGAUACAGAAUAGAUAUUUUCUGUAAACUUUUUACGGAUUAAAGCCAAAGAAUACAGUUUUUCCUCACAAUAGAAAGGUAAGAAUUUCAUUGUAAUUAAGUGUUCAAAACCAACAAAAUGUCUUGAAAUUGUUGAGCAAUUUGUAGAAGUCAAUGUUGUUAGCGAACAGUGUGUUCACCAUAUGCGUUCAAUCAGCGAUAUUGAUCAGGUAUGUCACACAGCACAGCAAAAAUGCCUUUAGACUUUCGCUUAUUUCUAAGUAUGAUCAAGUAGACAAAGAUAGACUGUGAUACAAAAUUUGAUUUGCUAAAAAAAUACCAUAGUAAGCUAAGAUGUGAGUUUUGGGUUAUUCAAAGUAUUUUAAGAGAACAAAUCUAUUACCGGUAGUGCAUAAGAUUAUACUUGCUAAUUAGUAGCAUUUUGAAAGGUUUAGGAUUUUAAAAGUCACCUGUUUUGAUGAUUAACUGACCUUUUUUUCAAACAUGAAAAAUUUUAAUUUUUAAUAUUGUACAUUAAAUAUUUUAGUUUUAUCAGGUUGCAUAGUGUAGAAAUAGAAGUAUAGGUAUUAAUGUUUUACUAUUGUUUAUUGUAAGCUGUACAAAUCAGGUAUAUAUUUUGAAAUAUUACUAAUAAAUAAUGUAGACUGUAUAGUUUUAAAAUUAAUAUUUUUACUAUUGAUAAUCAGAAAAAUGAAUACUAAAUUAUAACAAAGUUGAACGAUGGAAAAUUUUACAAAUGUUAUCAAGUUACAAAUUUUAUUUUUGUGACUAAUUUUGUAAAAGAUCGACCCUAUGUCAUCGAUGGGUUAUGUCAAAAGACUGUGAUUAUAUAUAUUUAAUAGGGUUUAAAAUCAACAUAAAAAGCAAUUAAACACUCAUUUAAGUGGUCAGUGUUUUGCUAAGCCUGAUCCAAUCUUAAAAUUAAGUGCCAAAGAAUAUUGCAAAAAAAAUUAUUUACCAAACAUAUUCAAAAAAAAAGUAAUACAAAACUAUACUUUAUAGUUAAUUUUUUUAUAAAUGCUGUAAAGUGCUCACAAUUCAAAAAUUCUUUUUUGGCCUUAUCAUACUGGAAGAUUCUUAUAAAUCAUUAUUUCACUGUAAACUUUUUGUAAACCUUUCAAUUGUUAUUCAUAAAAAUAAAACUGUAUUAUUUAUAGUACAGAAAUGUUUAAACUUUUAUUUACACAGUUUUUUAUUGUUGCUGCUUUAAUUUAUUUUGUAUAAAGUGUAGUUUUCUAUGUUAUUGUACUUAUGAAUUAAACAUAAAAUGCUACCUCUU